AUGUCUAAGUCAGAGUCUCCUAAAGAGCUCGAACAGCUGCGGAAGCUAUUCAUUGGAGGGUUGAGCUUUGAAAUGAUGGAGAGUCUGAGGAGCCAUUCUGAGCAAUGGGGAAUGCUCACAGACUGCGUGGUAAUGAGAGAUCCAAACACCAAGCGCUCCAGGGGCUUUAGGUUUGUCACAUAUGUGACCGUGGAGGAGGUGGAUGCAGCAGUGAAUGCAAGGCCACACAAGGUGGAUGGAAGAGUUGUGGAACCAAAGAGAGCUGUUUCCAGAGAAGAUUCUCAAAGACGUGAUGCCCACUUAACUGUGAAAAAGUUCUUUGUUGGUGGCAUUAAAGAGGAUACUGAAGAACAUCACUUAAGAGCCUAUUUUGAACAGUAUGGAAAGAUGGAAGUGAUUGAAAUCAUGACUGACCAAGACAGUGGCAAGAAGAGGGGCUUUGCUUUUGUUACAUUUGAUGACCAUGAUUCUGUGGAUAACAUUGUAAUUCAGAAAUACGAUACCGUGAAUUGCCACAACUGUGAAGUAAGGAAAGCCCUAUCAAAGCAAGAGAUGGCCAGUGCUUCGUCCAGCCAAAGAGAUCGAAGUGGUUCUGGAAACUUUGAUGGGGGUCAUGGAGGUGUUUUUGGUGGAAAUGACAACUUUGGCCAUGGAGGAAACUUCAGUGGCCAUGGUGGAUUUGGUGGCGGCUGUGGUGGUGGUGGAUAUGGUGGCAGUGGAGAUGGCUACAAUGGAUUUGGUAAUGAUAGAAGCAAUUUUGGAGGUGGUGGAAGUUACAAUGAUUCUGGCAAUUAUAACAAUCAGUCAUCAAAUUUUGGACCCAUGAAGGGAGGAAAUUUUGGAGGCAGAAGCUCUGGCCCUUAUGGUGGUGGCGGCCAAUACUUUGCCAAACCACGAAACCAAGGUGGCUAUGGUGGUUCCAGUAGCUAUGGCAGUGGCAGAAGGUUUUGA